AUAAAGUAUAUUAGUUAAUUUAACUAAUUGCUUAGUGCUAGUAAAGACUAGGCUUAUUUCUCCUACACCUUGCGCCUUAAUUGUAUUACUAGUAUUACCCCACUUAAUAGAUGUAUUAGAGGGUCUUAGGCUAGUAAACAAUUCUUUAAUAUAGCAAGUGUGUAUAGUUGCUCUAGAGUCUAGGAUAAAGUCUAUAGUACAAGAAGUAUUAUUAGACUUUGCAGAAGAGAAGAGUAUUUAUUCUUCUUUGCUUAUAGUACUACUAUUAAUAGAUUUAUCCUUUCUUAAGCUAGGAUAUUUUCUAUAGCAGCUAGACUCUAGGUGUCCCCUUAAUUUAUAAUAGUUACACUUUAUAGUAGACUUUAUUCUUGUCUUACUAGUGUUACUAUUAUUAGAACACCAUUCUAUUGAAAUCUAAGAAACUAGUUGAAAAAUACUAAGAACAAUACUAUUAGAAUCAGCGAGUCGAGCCGCACCCAACGACACCGCGAUGGCAGCGAUGCAGGGAGUGCAGCGCGAAGGAGAUGGGGGCGGCCAGCCAGACGCGGUACCAACGCGCCUGGCCAGCAACAGACCCAACAAAGGAAGGGAGGAAGGGGACCACCCUAACCAGAGAAAGGAGAUGCAGGGAAGGACAGUGAAGGAGAUCUUAAGAGUACUAACAGAACAACAGAGGAAGGGAGCAGAAGGACUUAACACAGUCACCACUAUCCAGGGCGCAACGCAGGUCGCCCACGACCUCCUGGCAGCUCUCAGCCAGGUAGAAAAAAUUUUCACCACUAGGCUGAGAACCCCACCACCAACGACGACGGCGCAGGGCAGGCUAGGAGCACUACAAGCAGUGCUCCAGAAGCUCAAUGCCAUGGAAAAGAAGAUGGAGGGCACCCGGGUCAGGAUACAGGAGAAGGAGGGACAAGGAGGGCCGCGCACCUGGAGCCAGGUGGCGGCCAAGGGAAUCAGCCAACCCGCAAGGGUUGAGCUGAGAUUGGAAGAGACGGAGGGAACUAAGGGAGAGACUACCCAAGCGCAGCUAGAGCGCAUCCGGGUCGUGAUACCUGACGCGCGCGCGAUCAUAACCCAUCCAAGGUCUGUGCACAAGGUGUUGGUGGUGGUUAGGGACACCACCCGUCGCGACCAGAUCAUCCAAUCUGGCCUACUAGGUGCUGAGGGCAUGAAACUGAUCAGGAAGCCACACCUAGUCAUGGUCUCUAGUAUCCCACUCAACACGCCUAUUAAGAACUCAAAAUGCGCAGAGAACAAAGAGUGGAUUGCCCAAGCCUACUCCUGUAACCUAGGUAUCAGGAUCGAAAGGGUAGCGUGGCUCUACUCCGAUAAGAACCUGAAAUCCAGACGGGACGGGGGCAAGCAGACGAAGGGAUCCCUGCUCAUGAACGUUGGGACGGAAGAGAACCAGAGGAAGCUGGUCAAGUCCGGCUUCCUGAUGGGGGCUGAGUGGCACCCAGCUCAGCUCUGGGACAUCUCCCUCACAGAUGGACAGUGCUUCAAGUGCUGGAAAUGGGGCCACACCCAGUCUGUCUGCAACGCCACUAAGGAGGCGUGUGGGCACUGUGCUAGAGACCACGCCACUAGGAGCUGCAAGAGCACCAAUGAGUUGAAAGCCAGCUAUGCGUGUUGCAAGCAGAAGGGACACAAGGCCUAGAUGUCACGCUAAUAUAGGGCCUACCAAAUGUUUC